AGUAAAUGGGAGUGGAACGAAUGGAACACGCCUUACGCAAGCUUACUCACCAUUGGACAGUUUACAGUGACUCGCAGAGUAUUUGCCCAACAAGCUUGUUGGGCAGUUAUGGUGGCGGUAGAUAUGGCUAAGAAUGCUGCCUUGCUGCAAUUUUAACCCAACAGAAAUAGUUUUAUGGCUGGUAUCGAGUGCACUCCUGUAAGGGCUGGAGCCUCAUCUGUUCCAUGUGGCCAUGCUAUUGGAAGUGAGAAAUGGAGGGGGACAGAACUUGCAAGGUUGUUACAAGGAAAAAUAAAGCUUGUGUUUGAGGAUGGCUUGGGACUAGUGGAUUUCCAUCUAUCCAAUAGAACCUGCAUAUUGUACAUAUCAGAGAGUGAUCUGGUGUCAGGAAAUGCAUUUAGAAGGAGACUUGUUCGUUUUAGAAAAGCCUGUAACCUGAACGGCAUCGUAAUAGCAGAGAAAACCAGGCUAAGUGACCAGUACUACCCCCCUGUACAAAAUUUUGUCGUACUAGAACUUGGCAUGGCAUUACUUCCAGUGACCAACCAGAAUGAAGCAGCACAACUGAUAUUUAAUUUAGUUCAAGAGCGGAGUAGAGAAGGAAACAGUAAUCCUUUCAUGCGCAAAAAGUGUUUUCAGCUUCCAGAUGCAAGUUUACUGCAGACAGUCCAGAAAAUUCCAGGUGUUGGUAAAGUGAAAGCAUUGCAGCUUCUACAGCAUUUCCCAAGCAUUCACAAGCUUUCAAAUGCUUCUGUAGCACAACUGGAAACUGUGGUGGGACGAACCAUUGCACUAAGCAUUCAUUCAUUUUUCACACAAUAGGAUUGGCAUCUGUUGCAGUCAGAUCUAUAAGUUCAACCGCUGUGAUGGCCACAGAAAAAAGGGAAUUGAAGAAAACAAUAGGUCUUCGCGCAGCAGGAUUAUCCCUGCAUCUUUAUUUCAAAUUUAUGACGUUUCGGGCGUGGGCUCUUUCAUCAGACAUGCAUCUGUUGAAGGGGCCCGCCCCCGAAACUUCACAAAUAUAAUAUAUUUUGAUAUUCACGUUGUGGAGUUUGGAUUGAACUCAUUGUGACUCGCUGGGUUGUCACUUACUAAGGACCAGUGUUAAAUUGGAACUAGUUUAAUUUACUUGUUUAGUGCCAGAAAUCACAAAAACAAUAGUGACUCCUUAAUUAAAAUAGGCAAAUCUUUGUUCAGCACAUGCCAUAUGCAUUCAGCUCAUGUUGAAAAGGACUGUAUAUUGUCCCUUUAAUAUGGAAGAAACAGUAAACAUUGGAAAAAUUAAAAAGGGGGAAAUCCUUUUAAGCAGUGCAGUACUGUCAAACUUAUUACACGGAAGGGAGGACCACAAUUGGUCCACAGGCCCCUUUACCUAGAAGAUGUAUUAAAGCUCCCUUCAUGCAGGAUUUGUGCUAGAAUCAGUAAAUUUGUUUAAUUUUAUUUGUGCUGGAGUUAGUAAUUUGAGUUAGCGUUAACACAUCUGUUAGGAAAUGGAGCGCCCCCCACCCACAAAAGAGGUAUCAGACCUGCCUGGCAAUCAAAAUCUGACUCCGACUUCAGCAUUAAGAGAGACAUUUAGUGAAGAGUAACUUGAAUAUUUUAGAAAUGGAUAACAAAUAUUAAAUGAUUAUAAUCAAAAAGAUGUUUAUUUAUACAAGAUGAAGCUUACAUUAAAUUUUUAUUUUUGUGAUCGUUUCUGUUAUUACUGUAAUAAAAAUGUCCCCAAAAACGUGGCUAGCACCAACCAGCUAUUCUACUUCUUGCUGGCUCCCGUGUCUCUCUUCACAUUUUGGGGCAAAAAAUAUAACAUUAAAUUGCAACUACACUAAUUGUAAACAUAUUUAUACGUGUCCUAACAGUUUACAUUCCAUUUAGCAGAACCAGCGCUCAGUUACUGCUCAUUUACUGACAAUAGUCUAAUAUGUAGUAACCAUGAGCAACCAGUAACUUGCUUUUAUCAUCACUUACAGCAUACAGAAUGGCUGCAGUAGGCAAAUUGUUUCCAAGUGGUAGUAAAUAAACUCAAAUGUGUCUGUUGUUCCUGUGAAAACUGUGACUGCAUUUACAGUCUGAAGCUGUGAGCAAUAAGUUGAUUUUAUAAAUAAAAUAGAUUUACCUUGAA